UUUAUUUUACCUUCUUCCAGACAGAACAAAGACGAAACGAAGCAGAAACAGCAGCAGCGUUCUGUUUUGUAUUCGAAUGCACAGAAAGGAAGAAGGUGUGCAGAGCUUGGUAACCUCUAUCCAACGAGAGCUGUUGCUAAUUUACUAAAUUUGGUAGCCCCACCAGUUCAAUUUCGUAGCUCAGGCUGCUUAUUUCAGUCGCUAUUUUGAACUUAAGCAAGAAUCAGUAAAGAGAGGAUCGGUUUCAAGUAAUUUUUUAAGUAAUUUUAUACGCAUAUGUAGAUCUCGAGUGAAGACGUGUCUACCUAGUAAAUUGUUAAUUGAUAAGUUAUAAGAAUAAAUAAGGGAGUUAUUUGUGUACAAGAAAUCAUAAAAAUCAGAAAAACUCUACCAGCAGCCGCAACAUUGCGCAUCCGGUUAUAUCCGGUCCAUUGCAAUUGAAUUCCCACCUCAUUACUGCAGUAACAACUUUUUCGACAAUGAAUCCCUUCCCACAGUAAUGUCAUGAUAUAGCUACAAAAAACAUUUAGGGUUGUGCUGGGGUCAAACCCUGUGUUAAAAAACUGUCAAUAUCAUCCUCCACCUGAACCCCGUGCACGCAAGGAAGGAAGGAAGUGUGAUUACACAUCCAAUCCAGCCAGAUCAUCGUCAUAAAUAAAUACUCGCAACUUUUCAAGUUUAAACAUCGUGUUGUUGGGGUUGCAUUGUGAAUUUUGUGCAUGAAAUUCUGUUGGGUCGUGUAACACAAUAAGCGUAAUAAUAGGCAAACUCCCAAUUUAAUUUGGUUGCUCCAACGUACGCAAAUGCAUAACAACUGAGAACACUAACGGAACGGACUCAACAAUGUCAAGUCGGGUGCAAUGAUUCGCAAAUUGGAGGAGACAAUCGCCCAUAGGAAUAGUGUUGUAGCGUAAUUGUUGCAAUGGUAAUUGUCGUGGUGUCGUGAUAGUUUGUGGUGGCAGCAGCAGGGCAACAGCUCCUGAUACCAGGAUGACAUUCAUUUUACGGAAUUUGUGAAUGUUUUCAUUUUAAAGGGAUAACAUGAGAAAUAAGUUUCCGAUCCUUGCGAAAUAACUUAAAAACUGAGCGAAAAUGGGGAAACGUCGGGAGAAGCAAAGCAGAAAACCUUUCCGAGUAAAGGAGAAUGAUCUCGAUAGUUUAGGGAAUAAGUCAAACAGCACUUGUUCACUUACCAAAAGUAUUAUUAUGCAGAUUUUGGGACAUUCUCAUGCAAAAUUUGGUCCCUUAAUUAGCACCACGAUAUUGGGAGUAUUCCUGCGGAUAAUAAUUUGUUCAGUGCUAAGUGUGGAAAGUGCUGAAUAUUUGCCAAUUCCAACCACCGAUUUGGAUUAUACGUACAGUUAUAAGCUGAACAGGGAUGCGUUUCAAAAUAGCAAUCGGAGGAAAUCAUCCACCUCGAGAUAUCCGAAGCAAUACUUGUGGGGAAAUAGUUCCCUGUCCAACGGCGGGGGUGUGGAUGGGGGUGGUGGUGGGGGUGAUAUUAGUCAUAGCGAUAGUUCGCCUGUGUUCUCACAUUCACCAUUUAGUACGAGAUUCGGCCACUCCUCGUCCACUUCAUCGUUUUACGCCACAACUGCACCACCAACAACGUCACGCACACCAAGUGAUUACAAAUACAAGACAAAGUACAACAAAUUCGGAUUUCCCGUCCCAUCGGAACUUGGUUACGCUGCUUCUUCAGGGCUACAGUCUGGAGAGUCAAAUUUAUCAUUCACGAAAAGAAAGGGGACCGACUCGCCGGCACCCUCAAGAUACGGGUUCGAUCGGCUAGAUGACUACUACAAACCGGUGAAAGCAUACGGUGGUGGUAACGGUGGGAGUGGGAGUGGUAGUUACUACUCAAAGGAAAAGUAUAGAAAGUAUAACGGCAACACCAACAACAACAACAGGCCGAUAAGCAGUUGGGACCGAGAGAAGGAAAGAAAUGACAAGAUUUUAAGCCAAAUGCUGGACACGACGGGGGACGACGGAGGGCUUGAUUUCCAGCACAAGAUGCAACUUCAUGAACUUCUUUACACGAAUAGAACGCGAAUUGGAAGUGCAAUCGGGAGCAGUGGCACCGAUGACGCGAGACAACUCUCAGUGAUUCCCCAAAACUGUUGGCAUGCUGGAAAAAUGUACGCUUGUGGAUUGAGCGUCUCUUGCGUGCUCCAAGGGUCCAAACCUCUCGAUCUCUGCAAUGGUGGGAUGAUUUGGGCUUGCUGCGUACCAAGGGAAAAAGCUGCCGAGUCAAAUAAGGACGUGGGGUUUGUGGACAGUCCUCAAUCUGGUAGCAAUAAAAGCUACAACUACGACUUGUACCAAACUUCUGGAAUUCUGGAUCUUGACCGAGAUCGUAACCGUGAUCGGGAUCGAGAUCGCCCCUACGCCGCCGCUCUGGCGUCGACGAUCGGCAUGGCUGACCCCUACCGACCAAUUCCUCUCGUCACCACCAAACCCUCGUCCUCCUUUCAUCGACCCUACUUUUUCAAAACGUCGUCUUCCACCACGUACAAACCCUACAUUUACAGCAACAACCACUACUCCACCAACGCGAUAAGUCUGGACGAUGACUCGUACCCUUUAUAUCCCGGAGAUGCGGUCAAGUUCCGUCCAACCAAAAAGCCCAGCAGUUACGAUAACCCUCACAAGUACCCGAUAAACAAUGACAUUUACUCCAGUCGACCAUACCAUCCUUCCACGAAUACGAAUUACCAUCAGCAAAAUUACCACCAUCAUGACGAUGUGAACAAAGGCCAUGGAGGGAGCAGCAGCAGCAUUGGGUCAUAUUUUCCCACGACGAGGCCACAACCCCCACAACAGAGUCAACAGGGUCAAGGACAAGGCUCCAGCUCCUCAGUUUCUUCAGGAAAUUCAGAUCGGGACCGAGGAACGAGUCAUAUUCUGCCCCACUCGUCAAAGGAGUGUGGGCAAAUUUAUACGCGAUCCAACCGCAUCGUCGGAGGCCAUGACGCUUCAUUUGGGUCCCACCCGUGGCAAGCGGCCAUAAUCAAGCAGAGUUUCUUAUCAAAAAGGAUCGCAUGUGGGGGUGCGUUACUUAAUGACUAUUGGAUUGUUACGGCAGCUCAUUGUGUGUACAGCACUCCAAUCGGAAGUCUCAAAGUUCGCCUUGGCGAAUGGAACGUCAGACAGCAGAAUGAACGAUUGACGCAUGAAGACUACGUCGUUGAACGGAAAACAGUACAUGAGCAGUACAACCCAUCCGAUUUUAGGAACGACUUAGCGCUCUUAAAACUUGCUCGGCCAGUCCAGUAUAAAGAACACAUUGUUCCCGUUUGCUUGCCAAAACCCAAGGAAAGCUUUGCUGGAAGGAUGGCGACCGUGAUUGGUUGGGGAAGAACAAAAUAUAAAUAUGGAUUAGAAGCAUUAUCAGCAACGCCAAGCGUCCUUCAAGAAGUGGAUGUCGAAGUCCUUUCGCAGAGCAAAUGCCAAGACAUGUUCCGAAAAGCUGGGAGGAGAGAGACCAUUCAUGACGUGUUUUUAUGCGCUGGGUAUCCUGCCGGUGGCCGAGAUUCGUGUCAAGGAGAUUCAGGAGGCCCACUAACUACAGAUGUCGACGGCCAGUUUACACUCGUGGGACUUGUCAGUUGGGGAAUAGGAUGCGGAAGAGAAAAUUUACCAGGAGUGUACACGAAUUUGGCAGAAUUCAUUCCUUGGAUCGUCAAAAACACGGAUUAAGUCAAAUGGAUCACCAAUUAGGCAAGACUUUAUAAAUUGUAUCAGCUACAUGUAUGUCGCGAAACAAGGCUACCAAGUAUUUAUAAUUUUUUACGGGUUAGAAAAUAAAUUCAUUGUUAUUUGUUAUGUUAUAAA